GCUCACCAUGAACUUCCAGUCGGGCAUUUUCGUGUACUGGGUGACGUCGAACAUGUACACUCUGACGCAGACUGCGUUGCUCCGGGUAAACUUCAUCAAGCGUGCGCUGAAGAUCCCGGUGACGGAGGUGCAGCGCCUCGAGGCGGCUAGCAUCACGACGACGUCGCCAUUCGAGGCCGCGGUGUCGCGUGCUAAGGAGGGCACGGUUGUGAAGACACACAUGUACAAGCCCACCAAGCCGAGCAAGAAGUAAGUAGACCUUAGACCUUUCUUCAAGCUGGUCAAGUACGAAUGAUGUUUGGCAUGGCUCGCCUUCGUUUGUACGAAACAAUGCAACUGUAUCUGUUGCCUCAUAGAGGAAUAACAACCAUCUAGCUUGACUGGCAAAAGGAAAGUAUGCAUGUUUGGAAUACACCCGGGUUGGUCUUGUUUGUAGCUGUGAGAGCUCAUUGUGCCACCUCCGAUGUAACGGCGUCCUCUUUACUUACUUCGCGGAUGAUGCUAAAUUUGUCGGGAGGAUACUAAUAACGCAAAACCAAGCAAAAUUCGCGAGUGAGCUGACAACGAUGUUUCGCCACAGCAGAUAUCCUCCCAUUUGGUUGCACGUUUACCUGAAUUUCGGGGCACAGUGUAGAUGGCAAGAAGCGAGCAUGUUCUUCACAAAACGUGCUGCGCAAAGCAAUCUCUUCUUGUUCCAGUGCCGCUAGCUUUGCUUGUGUUUCUUCAAUCUAUGCACCGUCAGGAGUCACAUGUGUAAGUCCAGUGACUAUUGCCCGGAAGAACCGCAACUUACAAAUUGGCGAACGUUCACGUUAUACUGCUUCCGUCGUUGCAGUUCGGCCCCGACAGACUGGUACGACGCCAGGAAUUGGAGAUAAAAGUCCCGAAGGCUCAGCAGUUCAUCGAAAAGAAGCUGCACGUCGGCAAAAAUCACCUCGUAGCUGAAACAAACCACCCAGCCAACAUGUAAGUCGCUCUGCUUGCGUAUGAUCUUGGUGCAACGUCGACGUACUGUGGGUAAAUAUCGUUGAUCGUGGUGAAGUACUGCAGCAAAAAGCGGUCGCAUUGCUCCAUGUCGACGAAAAAACUCACCUAUGAACGAAUGUAAGAUCCACGAUAACAGACUGGUAAGUGAUCUUUCGAGAGGCGACGUUGACAACGUAUGCAACGCAUGUACAAUACGUACUGCUGCGUCGUACAGCUCUUCAACUGGCUUGGUUUCUUCGUCACUACAGCGACAAAACAUCCAGAAACCCAUUAGUAUCCAGCGCCCAAUGCAUGGCACAAGCGUCCAGCGUACGGGAUCAAAGAGAGGUCUCGGUGCUCGCCCACCAAUGCGUCGACAUUACUCGCAUGGGCUUUUUCAAAUGUACAGAAGAAGUCGUAUAUAGCUGAGAUCCUCGUGAUGGCGUGUUGAUGCGCGGCCAGCAGCUCUUCCACCCUGGACACACCCACACGUUCAGCACCAAGAAACAACCAGACCUACCAAAGCUCACAAUGCACUGCACUGCACCCACUCCUUCGUCUGCUCCAGCGUGUCCUGCUGCAGCGACUGCACCGUCUCGGCAUCGACGAAGUCGAACAGCGUCUUGCCCCGCUCGCCGCCCACCAUGCUCGGGUCCACCGCGCUGCUCUGCAGCUGCUCAAACACGCGGUUCAUCUCCUGCAGGAGCUGCCCAGCGACAACGCGCGCCGACACCCAUACUGGAUUAACACAUAUAGUUAUGAUGCGCAGGGCUCUGUAGCAGCGAGCGCACCGGCGUCUGCGCGAAGACCGAGUCCUGCGCGAUCUCCUGCGCGCUGUGCAGCUUGACGCGCGAGGCCUCCAGCAUCUUGCCCAGCACCUGCGGCGCAGCACCAAUCGUGAGUCGGCGGAAACACAACAAUGCAAACCGAGCCGUGCAGCACCUGGCAUUUCUCCGAGAUGGUCUUGACCACCUCGCGCGUCGCGACGGCGAAGUACUCGGCCCCCAUUUCGGUCGAAGGUGAAGAUGGAUCUGAUUACGAUUGGUAUCAGAUCGGAUAAAGUCUGAUACUGUGUGUGCGACACACCUGGGCGUGAUCCCAAACCGCUACGUUGAACUAGGUCCAAAAUACCAUGAAACUGUAUUAUUCGAUUGGUAUAGACAUGCAGACAUAUACGUUAUAGUCACUAUCAGCACGACAGAGACAAUAAAAUUGGAAAAAACUUCUACAUAGUUGGACGUGAAUAAUGUUGAAAUAUCAUAAAACACAUAGUUACUCGGUUAGGGAGGGUUCGAAGGAAUCCACCAGGAUCAGCAAAGCUGCCGCAAUCAGCACUCAGACCUCAAUACAAGGCUAAAGCGCAGUAACAGGAGACGUCGUGUAUGCGGCCAUGGACGGCGGCGUGCUUGCGCUGCUCGUGAACGUGAGCUUCGUGGCCGCGCUGGCCAUCGCCUUCUUCAUGAUGCGGCGCAAGCUCGUGCGCCUGCACACGCGGCGGCUGCGCGAGCUGGCGGCGCCGCUGCUCGGCAAGUACGUCCCAGGCGCCAUUUUAGCCUUUAGCCUCCUGUUGCUUGGGCUUUUCACUAACGAAACCGAUGUAAUUGCGCGUCGGUGGCAUCUGCAGCGCGUCCACGGGCAACGACCACCGCCUGGACACGGCCACCCGUGAGGCCGAGAAGGGCUUCCAGGUGUGCGCCGUGUGCGAGUUCGAGAACUUCAAGGACGCGCUCUUCUGCUGCAUCUGCGGGGAGCGCAUGGACACGGGCGAGGCGACUGACAGCGGCGGCAGAAACAAGAGGAAGCGCCGGCGGAAGGAGAAGAAGAAAGAGCAGCAGCAGCUGGAGCAGCGCCGGAAUGAGACUCGGGCGGCGCUGCCGCGCCACUUCACGGAGCGCCAGCAGCGCGCCCGGAAGCGGAAGGAAUGGACGCGCAAGCUGGACGUGGAGGGCAACAUGUUCUGGUUCCGCGUGAAGGAAGGCAGCGGGUCUAUGGCGCCCGCGCGCGUGGGCAAAGUGAUUCGCUUCGUAAAGCCGAACGCGAGCUCCAAGAUGCCCGGACAGGUGAAUGGGCCUAUGGCGACGCAGAGCGAGGUGGCCGUCGUGGAGCCCGCCAAGGUCAAGGUUUUCGCGGAGAUCGCUGAUAUGGAUAUCAUCCCCGCCACCAAGUGGGAUGCGGCAGCACGUGCGACCGGAGAGGUGCUCGAGGACAACACACAAGAAGGCGUCGAGCGCCGGCGCGAGACGCUGGAACUCGCGGGGAAGGACUUCCCCUCCAAGUACGCCUACUUUGUCAAGACCACGGCGUCGCUGCUGGUGCCGCCCGAGGUGGAGUUCCUCAAGCUGUCGAUUCAUCGAGACUUUAUGUUUGAGGAGUCCAUGGAGCACCUCGGGUGUAUAGAGGAGAAAUACAUUCGGUCGGUCAUGCGCAUCAACUUCCUGGAAGAGAGCGGCGUGGAUGCUGGCGGGCUGCACCGCGAGUGGUUCAUGAUGCUCACGGAGCUGCUGACAAACACCAAGGCGGGGCUCUUCAAGCCCACGCAGGGGGAGGACCGCGCGUUCUUCCUCAACUCAAACUCCCGCUACGACAAUGGCGAGGACCAUCUAAUUUACUAUUACGGAGCGGGGCGGCUGCUUGGGCGCGCGCUGCUGGAGGGGACAGUGCUCAACUUCCACCUGUGCGUGCCGCUGCUGAAGCUCAUUCUGGGCACGCCGCUGUGUAUGGACGACGUGAAGUACUUUGACCCCGAGGUGUACAAGAGCAUGACUUGGAUGCUGGAGAACGACGGCGUGGAGGCGCUGGACCUGGACUUCAGCGUGAUGGAGCGCGUUGGCGACCGGACCAUGACGGUCGACCUCAUCCCCAACGGGCGCAACGUCGAGGUGACCGACGCCAAUAAGCACGAGUACCUGGAGCGCAAGUUCGAGCACUUCCUGCUGCGGAGCGUUGCGGACCAGCUCUACGUGUUCCUCAAGGGUAUCUACGAGGUCAUCCCGCAGCAAUUGCUGAUGCUGUUCGACUACGAAGAGUUGGACUACCUCAUGUGCGGAUCGCCGGAGAUCGACGUGGACGACUGGGAGAAGAACACGUCGGUGGCCGAGAGCGUUGCGCGGUCGCCGACGCUCGUGUGGUUCUGGGAGAUCGUGCGCGAGAUGCCCAACGAGUACCGGCGCCGUCUGCUGCAGUUCACCACCGGGUGCUCGCGCGUUCCGCUGGUGGGCUUCGGGGGGCUCACCAGCUACGACGGCAAGGUGUGUCUGUUCACGAUCCGGGGCAUCGUGGGCGCGCCCGACGAGUUCGUGCGCAGCUACGCGUGCUUCAACCGGCUGGACCUGCCGCUGGGCAUCUCGCGCGCUGAGCUCAAGCGCAUGCUCUACGCCUUGCUGGACACGGAGCUCUACGGGUUCACCACGGACUAAGCAGCGCUGGCGCCAGGUGAUUCACCGGCCAGAUCCAGAAAACUUG